CAAGUCUAUCCAAAAGUCUUCCGCAUUACCUGAAGACUUGUGCCCUGCCCCAAACAACCGAGUUGAACAAGCCUUUAUACAGUUGUAAAAAAAAAUAGGAAUAAGCAGUGUUUUACAAGUUGGUAGACGGUUUGUUGUGUUUGAGGUAUCUUAUUUUAAUACAUGGAAGGUAAAUAAUCACGUUGCAAGCAAACUUUUCCCGAAAAUAUUUGGGGUCACGAUAACGAUUCAACAUGGGAUGCUGUGGUAGUUCAGAGGGAAAACGUGACUGGAAACCAUUAGAAGAAAGAAGUUGCACAGAUAUCCCAUGGCUUGUUGUAUUCACGUUGUUUUGCAUCGGAAUGGUCUGCAUCUGUGGCUUCUCUAUAGCUACAGGAGCGGCUUCCAGACUGGUCUCUGGGUAUGACAGCUAUGGCAACACCUGUGGCCAGAAGAACACUCAGAUUGAUGGGAUUGAGCUCAGCGGUCGGGACCAAACUGACAAAAAAUUUGUCUUCUUCCUUGACCCCUGCAACAUUGAUCUCAUCAACCGGAGGAUCAAGUCCAUUGCGCUGUGUGUGUCCAGGUGCCCGGACACAGAGCUCCAGACAUACAUAGAUGUUAAAAAGUUUGCCCUGGCCAACGGUUCGGAGCUUUGCUCCUAUGAUAUUUCUCCCACCAGGUAUCCCAGCCACCCAGACAGAUCCACUAAAUGCCCCAAGCUUCCCGUUCCACCAAGUAAAUCCCUCCCUGUCUUCCACCGUUGCUUCCCCGUGGAUGUGGCAUGCUACGCUGAGUUUGCUAAGGCCUUCAUCACCUUUGUCAGCGACAACAGUGUCCUGUACAGGGUCGUAGCCGGAGUGAUGGCCAGUAAGGAGAUCAUCAUGGGUCUCUGCCUACUGGCGCUAGUUCUCUCCAUGAUCCUGAUGGUGGUCAUCAGGUACAUCUCCAUGGUGCUGGUGUGGAUCCUCACUGUCCUUGUGGUCCUGGGCUCUGUAGGGGGGACAGGGGUGCUCUGGUGGCUGUAUGUAGACCACAGGAAGGCCCUGCAGGACCAGACGGUUUCUGCCCUGGGAAAGGAGGUGGCUUCAGACAAUGUCCAGGCCCUGAUGGUGUAUGCCAUUGGGGCCACUAUUUUCACGGUGAUCCUGCUGCUGCUGAUGUUCUUCAUGAGGAAGCGCGUGGCCCUCACCAUCGCCCUGUUCCACGUGGCGGGCAAGGUGUUCACCCACCUCCCCCUGCUGGCCCUGCAGCCCUUCUGGACCUUCCUCACCCUCAUGCUCUUCUGGGUCUACUGGCUCGGCGUGCUCCUCUUCCUCGGCACCGCAGGGAGCCCAGUGAAGAAUGAGCAGACUGGUCUGGUGGAGUACCAUAUGUCCGGCCCGCUCCAGUACAUGGUGUGGUACCAUGUCGUAGGCCUCAUCUGGAUCAGUGAGUUCAUCCUGGCCUGCCAACAGAUGACCAUCGCUGGAGCAGUGGUCACCUACUACUUUACGAGGGACAAAUCCCAGCUGCCGCUGACCCCCGUCCUGACCUCCGUGCUCCGUCUCAUCCGCUAUCACCUGGGCACGGUGGCCAAGGGCGCCUUCAUCAUCACCCUGGUGGAGAUCCCCCGCCUCUUUCUCACCUACAUCCACAGCCAGCUGAAAGGAAAGGAAAAUGCCUGUGCUCGCUGCAUGCUGAAAGCCUGUAUCUGCUGCCUGUGGUGUCUGGAGAAGUGUCUAGCGUUCCUGAACCAAAAUGCGUAUGCCGCCACCGCCAUCAACAGCACUAGCUUCUGUACAUCGGCCCGGGAUGCCUUCGUCAUCCUGGUGGAGAACGCCCUCAGAGUGGCGGCAAUCAACACUGUGGGAGACUUUGUUCUCUUCCUUGGAAAGGUGCUGAUUGUGUCGUGCACGGCAUUCGCCGGCGUGCUGGUGCUCAACUACCAGCGUGACUACACGGUGUGGGUCCUCCCCCUCCUCAUCGUGUCCCUGUUCGCCUUCCUGGUGGCCCACUGCUUCCUGUCCGUGUUCGAGAUGGUGGUGGACGUGCUGUUCCUCUGCUUCGCCGUGGAUACCAAGUACAAUGACGGCAGCCCAGGCAGCGAGUUCUACAUGGACAAGGCUCUCAUGGAGUUUGUUGAGAACAGUAAGAAGGCCGGGCGGCCUCAGGAAGGACCUGCUAGAGAGAUGAAACCCAUGACCAGUGGAGGGACAUCAGCUUGACCAAAGCUCAGAAUGGAUGCCAAAUGCACUCCAGGUUUCAAUGCUUCAAUCAGUUUGUAAUAUGUUUUCUAUGAUCAUGAUGUUUGUUUGUUUCUAAAUAUAUGAGAGAAUAUUGACAUUCUUGUAUUUUGCAUACUUUAUUGUUUAACCAAUUGUAUAACUAUUAACACUUUUUUUUUAAACCUUUGGCGUGGUUAGUUUGGUACUAUUUGGCUCUAGACUUUUAUAUUUGUUUUGAGUAAAAAGGUCAAGUUGUGAAAACUGUAUGCCAGUAACUGUAUGCCAGUAGCAGUGAGUAACUGUAAAGGAAGUUUGUGAACAAUUAACCGUUUCAUUUGUUUAGUCUUGGAGUGAUCGGCAUGCUCGUUUAACAGAAAGUUACAUUUUAAACACAUUGUUUGUUACUCUGAGGUCGUCUCCCAGCUAGAUGCCAUCAGGUUUGGUGCACAUGUGUUGGUGUAAAGACAGUGAUAUACUGGUGAUAUGCUACUGUUUUUUUUAAUCACUGCUACUAGAACAUUUCAUUUUUUAUAACUGUAUAGUAAUAUUUUUUUAUUGUCUAUGUGCUUGUUUUGCAACAUAACUUAAUGUAAAGUCACCUGAGACACAUUAUUGAUUUGAUAAUAAUUGAUUGUCUUAUGAACUAAACCAAGUGAAUCAACAAACAAUGCAAUACAAUAAAUAAAUAAAAACGUGCUUGGAUAACA